AUGCAUAGUUUGCUUGAACAACUAGGUAAAGAAAUUACCCACAAAGAAUACAGAGAUGAGUAUGGGAGAUGUAAGUUCGUAGUGGAUGCUGGGGAGCUUGGUGACAGCAUUGAGGGGAGAACCUAUAAAGGGAUCGUUGAUCCUUUCAAGGGUCUUUCUCCGUUUCCUUCCCGUUGUUCACACCAAGUCUUCCCAAGUUUUUGUGGGGUAGAUGUCCGAAAAGCCUUCCUCCCUCACAUGCUGAAGGAGUUCAAAAACAAAGGAAUUACUGUAUUCACUGAUAAUAAAGAUAUUAAAAGAAGCAUGUCGAUUGGUCCUGAGCUCAAAGAAGCUAUAAAAGGAUCGAGGGUCUCCAUUGUUAUAGUGUCGAAGAAUUAUGCUUCUUCAACGUGGUGUCUGGACGAGUUGGUGUUGAUCAUUAAGUGUAGGGAAGAGUUGGGUCAAAUAGUAAUGCCAAUUUUCUAUGAAGUCGAACCAACCGAUGUAAAGAGGCAGAAGGAAUAUUUUGGAUCCGUCUUUGAGAAAACUUGUGAGGGGAAAUCAGUGGAGGACAUAGAAAAAUGGAAGCAAGCUCUGAAGGAAGUGGCCACAAUCGCGGGUUUUGAUUCAGGAGACUGGUUAGUCAUUUUUAUAUGUUCUAAUCAUUUUGGCACGUCAUUGUAUAUGUGUAGUAAUUUUUCAUGA